UUAAAUCCUUAUAUAAAAUACUGGAUUUCGUAAAUUGUCUAAAACAAAUUCCUCUUUCACCAGGAAGCAACAUUAACGAUGAUGCAAAAUUCCACAGACCCCCACCCACCAUUUUUCACCCUUGGCUACGGGCGGCUCACAUCUAUACGAUACUUCUACUGUUUACUGGUGUUGGUGGGAUACUUGUUGAACAUUGUGUCCAACAGUUUGAUUAUCGCUGCUGUGAUUAUACACAACUCGUUACAUGAACCAGUUUAUAUUUUUAUUAGUGCUUUGUGCGUCAAUGGAAUAUUUGAAAAUAUGCUCGUUUACCCCAGUAUUUUUGCCGCCUUGCUCUACAAAGUCCAGACGAUCUCCUACUCAUUUUGUUGGCUGCAGGCAUUUUUACUUCAUCUCUAUGGAUGCUUUGAGAUGACGACACUAUCAGCCAUGGCGUUUGACCGUUACGUGUGCAUCUGUAACCCUCUGAGAUACAACAACAUCAUGUCCCUCUCAACGGUGUUCAAGAUAAUUGGGGGAAGUUGGACUUAUUCCAUUGUAGCCUUUGGUACUCACAUGCUAUUGACCUACAGGCUCCCUUUGUGUGGAACAGAAAUAUUAAAGAUCUACUGUGACAACUGGUCAAUAGUGAGACUUUCUUGCAUUGAUACCACUGUCAAUAAUAUGUUUGGGCUUUUUAUUGUUUCUACAUUUGAGGGUUUGCUCCUAAUGUUAAUAAUGUGCUCCUAUAUUAAGAUUCUCAGGGUUUGUGCACGAUCUUCACAAGCUGUUAUUGCUAAAGCCUUGCAGACCUGCACUCCUCAACUGAUAACCACCUUCAACUUUGUGGCAAGUUCACUUUUUGAUAUAUUUCUCUACAGGUAUAUCCCUACUAUUGUCCCUUAUGAAUUUCGCCUCUUCAUGUCAUUGCAAUUCCUUGUGGUGUCCCCCAUUCUGAAUGCAUUUGUUUAUGGGCUAAAAAUGACAGACUUGAGAAAAAAGAUACUUCAGUCCUUCAAUCUCAAGAGGAUUACAGGGAAUGCCUUAAACAUGCAGAAGUCAGACGUAGUACAACAGAGAGAAUAGGUGGAAACCAAGAUGAAGAAGAAACAUGUCCCACCAGAGGCAUCUAGAUCAACAAGACAAUCCUCAUCUCAGCAACCACUCAUAUCUUACAUCCACUUGUCAUUAGGGAGCCAUGUUGCAUGGUAAUAUCUUAGUUAAGGCCUAUGUGUAGAGUUCUUCCAGUGAUCAAUAUAGGAGCUCCUUCACAGGAUAAGUCAUCAACCCCAUGACUGAAUACAACAUAUCAUUGUAUAUGCCCAACAUGCAGACCUACAGUUCAUUAACUUGCUGUAGGUGGCCGG